CCGCAAUGCAGGUGAGCCUGGUCGGGGCUCUUGACCGCUAUCUGGCUUCGGAUAACCGGACCGAGAGUGGGCUGGCUGAGGAGAGAGUGAGGAGUUGGGGCUGAGAGGAGGGAGCAGAGCCCGCAGCUGACGGAUGAGGGAACGCGGGAUGCGGGGCGACGCUGACUGGAGAGGGAGAGACGCGGAUGAGAGAUGGGGUGGAGCCCGGCUGGCAGGAGACAGAGAUGCGGCGAGGUUGGGAGGGAGGAGGCAGCACUGACUUGCUGGAGUGUGGGAAAGGAUCAGGUUGUAAUUUGGGAAGGUUGAGAUGCAAUCCAAGGCAGACGGCUCGGGGAACUGAUGGGCUGGCUCAGGCCCCGGCCUAGGCUGUUGGAUGGACGCUGUUGGAUGCAGACAUAACAGGGCAUCUGUAAUUGGAGGGAAGCCCGAAGAGUGAAAGAAUUGUGGGACCGCGGUGGCCGAAAGCUAAGAGGGAGGAGAAGCAGCUUGAAGCAUCGUUAGAUGCACUGCUGAGCCAAGUGGCUGAUCUGAAGAACUCACUGGGAGGUUUCAUUUACAAGUUGGAGAACGAGUAUGACCGGCUGACCUGGCCCUCUGUCCUGGACAGCUUUGCCUUGCUCUCUGGACAGUUGAACACUCUGAACAAGGUCUUGAAGCAUGAAAAGACACCACUCUUCCGUAACCAGGUCAUCAUCCCUCUGGUGUUGUCCCCAGACCGAGAUGAAGAUCUCAUGCGGCAGACUGAAGGACGAGUGCCUGUCUUCAGCCAUGAGGUGGUUCCUGACCACCUGAGAACCAAGCCUGACCCUGAGGUUGAAGAGCAAGAGAAGCAACUGACAACAGAUGCUGCCCGCAUCGGUGCUGAUGCAGCUCAGAAGCAGAUCCAGAGCUUGAAUAAAAUGUGCUCAAACCUUCUGGAGAAAAUCAGCAAAGAGGAACGAGAAUCAGAGAGUGGAGGUCUCCGGCCGAACAAGCAGACCUUUAACCCUGCAGACACCAAUGCCUUGGUGGCAGCUGUUGCCUUCGGGAAGGGGCUGUCUAAUUGGAGACCGUCAGGCAGCAGUGGUCCUAGCCAACCAGGUCAGCCAGGAGCUGGGACAAUCCUUGCAGGAGCCUCAGGCUUACAGCAGGUGCAGAUGACAGGAGCUCCAAGCCAGCAGCAGCCAAUGCUCAGUGGGGUGCAAAUGGCCCAAGCAGGUCAACCAGGGAAAAUGCCAAGUGGAAUAAAAACCAACAUCAAGUCGGCUUCAAUGCACCCCUACCAGCGGUGAGUGUGGCCAGCAACCUCCACUCCCAGAAGCUUUUUGCAGAGUUGGGCAGUGAAAUUGCCUUUUGCCCAACCCUGACCUAGAGGGGUACAAUAAAAAGAACAUGGGCUUUCAGCAGCAGACCUGUCCCAGCUC